UCGUUUCUGUUUUCAGUCGCCAACCGUGUGGCUCUGCGUGCACAACUCGGGUUACCGCCGGCGUGAAAAUCGCGCGCGCGUGUUCGUCGCAGAACGCAAUAUGCGCUUUUGUUCGCAGCUCUCACCGAGUUCGUAAUCGUAACUUUUCGCAAGUGUUAGAGUGGUGCACAGCUACCCGACCGGCCAACACCGGACUGGUUAUUCUAAAAUUUCCAAUUGAAUUACACGCCGCUUACACAUGGAUUUCGUCAUAUUAAAAGUAAAUGGGACGGAUGUGAGUAGUUUCCCGCACGAAGACGCGGUGCGCACUUUCCUCACCGCCGAGGAGCCGAUCGUCGUCGAGGUAAAACGACGCGUCUCGCCUGAUUUCCAACUUCCGGUUACCAAAACACCACCGACGUCACCGCAACCCUCGCCGGCGAUCGACACUGACAAUUUCAUUUCGACCGGGGUGCAAACCGAAGCCGAUCUGGUUUGGAUCGACGACAACACUCUGGAGUGUUUUGGGCGCGACAUCGAUCUCGAGGAAGUCACGCUGAGAAAAUGCAGCAGUGAUGAGAAGCUGGGACUCACUGUCUGCUACAGUUCUGGAAGUGAGAUGGACACGUGUGCAGAGGUCUAUAUCAGGGAUAUUGCACCGCAAAGUGUCGCGGAUAGAGAUGGAAGACUUCAAAAAGGCGAUCAAAUAUUACAAGUGAAUGGUAAAGAUGUGGCCAAUCGAGAAGAGACCGAAUCACUCUUUGCGGAGAAUCGCAAAGCUGUCACAUUGUUAGUGAGCAGGUGCUAUAUGCGGGGCGAAGACUACCUGGACGCCGAGGGUUUAAUGGUGGAAACUUCACCCACAACCUGCAAGAGCGCCGCCUACCAAAACAGCAUCAUUGAGCAAUUGGUGCAACAGCAGACGCAAACCCUGCCGGCACCACAUGAAGUGCCCAAAACCGCAGAAGCGCCACGGAAUCCCACCCACUCUAUUCAGGAGAAGCUCAUGCUGGCCAAAUUCCAACUGACCAACUCUCUGGUGCGCUCCAAGCUGGAUUCCAUCAACCACGAGAUCUCGGAGUUGAACCAUCGCAUGCAAAACAUACAGCUGGUCAAAACGGGCGAUCGGAAUACGGACAAGCGAAAACCGCCACAAUUACCGCACGUGCCAGCGCCGCUGGAGUCGGAUACCGAGCACAUCUACGAAACUAUACCGGAGAGCGUAGAUUCUGAGCUGGAGCCGAUUUAUUCCUGUCCGUAUGAAGCGGGUGAUGAGAAUAUUGUUGAGCAGUGGUUGAAAGCACAAACAGGCCCGAGCCUUUGGACUUGCUAUGUGAAUCCAAAGGCCAGUGAGACCCCAGCAAGUAAGACUUCCAGCAAUAAAGAGAAAGAGAAAGAAAAGGCGAGUUUGCGAAGCAAAUCGUCCAAGAGUAGCAGUGAGGAGCACGAAAAUAGCUCCAGUGCUUAUAACACCGGUGGUUCCUCAAACAGUAAUCCGUUAACGUUUGAGUUGGCGUGCAGUGCGGACGCCAAGCAAAAGGACACGUAUCGUUCCACAUUGAUAUUAUGCCCGCAGAAUGAAGAGUGUGAGACUAAAACUACUGCGAAUGCUAGUAGUGCGAGUGCAAACCCAAAGAUGAAAACCAAAAACUCGAGUGGCGGAUCGAAGACAAACAGUCCUUCAUCGCCCACAACGAGGCCGAUGCCCACGCAUAUGUUGUCCGAUACCAUGUACACGAACGUCGCCAAUCUCGAACAGACAAUUCUCUUGCAGCAGCAAUUGUUCCGGCAGGCGUUGGGUCAAAGCGAAGCUGUGGGUAAACCCACGACGAGUUGCACGACGGAAAGUUUAAGUCAAUAUCAGUUUGUAAACGGACACAAUCAACAAAAUACACGGCAUGAAUCUUCAACACUCGAUACUGGUAUGGAAUGGAAAGUAAAGCGACGUGCUGAUGGGACACGAUACAUAGCACGGCGUCCCAUUCGUAAUCGUAUCUUGCGGAAUCGUGAAUUGAAACUUUCUGAAGAACGUGCUGGAUUAACAACUGAAGACGAUACUAUCUCGGAGUUAAAGGUUGGACGUUAUUGGACAAAAGAAGAACGUAAGAAGCACCUGGAAAAGUCUAAAGAACGCAAGCAACGUCAAGAAAUCCUACUUGCAUCACGUCACAUAGAAGAAACGAGCGAAAUUAUACCUAAAGCUGGUACAAUUGACAAGAAUGCAGCCGCCUGCCCACUGAGCAAGAAAGUCGUGAAUAACAUGGACAAUACCGUUAAGAGGCACAAGAGCAAACAAAAGCAGAAGGACUGCUAUGAGAACUUCGCCACCGUGCAAGAACACCUUGCGAAUAAGCCGCCAACCUUGCCGACGAGUCAAAGCAGCAAAAUGAUUGGCCUGCUUUCGGUCACCACGGUGUGAAUGAAUAGAAAUAAGUUCGGUUCAGUUGAACGCGUUCAAUAUGUAAAUCGUAAACCAAAAAUUGUAAAUUUAAAGUUUUUUAAUGAGCACCUAACAGGCUUUGUUCAGAUUAGUGCAGCGUGAAGACGCGAGGGCAAAACGUAAACUACAUUUCACCAUAGUAACCCAAUAUGUGAUGUUUUUAUUAAAUUUAGUGUACAUAUCGUAAAUAAAUCUAUAUAUUAUCUUCCAAA